UUUGUUUGGCUUAUAGCAAUAAACAUAAAUGGAGGGUCUAAUUCCGUUUGUUUACCGAGCCGUCAUGCAAAUCCGUUAUGGCCACGAGCGUUCUUCUUCUUAUUACGUUCGUCUUCCGGGCGAUUCAGGCCGGUUUGGGAGAACCGGUUUGGAAGUGUCUGGUCUCGGAUUUUCCUCUAAUAUGGCGUCGUCGAAGACCAUGAGCACGAACACCACGUUUGCUGUUUCCACUGGAGCCCAGUCACCAGUUCAUCGUCAGGUUAUGAUGUGAUGCACACGCAUUCCAAGGGAACCUGAAGAUGCUCGUGAGGGAAAGGGUUAGUUUGUGACGUUGUGAUUAAUGGUUCGGCUUAGUGUUUUGUAUUUUUAUGAAUUUUAUAGACUUGGACCGGUCGAAUAAACCUGAUGUAAUAAUUGGGAUGUGGCUUUUAACCCGAAGGUAAUCUCAUGGGGUUUGUGUGUGUGUUUCGUUCAAGGAACUUUUAAUUGUAUAAAAAUUAUAUGAAUCUUUUGGUUUAUUCGUGAGAAACUAUGUCAAUAUUUUGGUUUA